UCUGGUCCUGGCCCGAGAGUAACCACAUCCUGGAAGAGGUGGCUGAGGACCAGUCUCCUCCUACCAGAGCCAGGCAUGGCCCCCUCGGAAGACCCCAGGGACUGGAGAGCCACCCUCAGUGACAACUUGGGCCAGGAGACCAUCUCGGGUGGGAAGCCAGCCCGUCCUCAGACCCUCCCCACAGCACAUGUGACUUUCAUCAUUGACUGUACCCGUGGGAAGCAGCUCACCCUGGCAGCACCCCCAGCACCACCUCAAGUUCCCAGUCGCAGCCAAGGCCCCAGCCAGGGCCCCGUCACCCCAUCAGUGAAGACCUACAUCGUGUUCUGUGGGAAGAACCAGCCCCCUACCACUCAGGGCAUCUCCCUGGAGGGGAGAUGCGCUGCCUGGGCCCAGGACACCCUGCCGCCCUGCCCUUCCCGCACCACCAGCCUGUCCAGCCCCCAGGAGGUUCCCAAAGCCAAGGGAAACCCCUGGAGGGCUGGGGCUGUGGCGUCUUCACCUUGGGGGGCCGUCAAGGGCUCACUCAAAGCCCUGUCCUUCUGUGUCUGUGGGCAGGCUGAUUAGACCUGUGCGCCCAGGAUUGGCCUCCCUUCCUCAGCCAGGUGGGGGGCUUUCGUGCCUUGCCUGAGCCCAGGGAACAGCACUGCUAGGGCUGUCACUGUGGUUUUCUGGGGGCUCACAUUCUUGGGAUGGGAGGAUGGAACAAAUAACCAAAUAAAGGUGGCUUGAAACAGG